GUCCGCGUGGAGUUCGCAGUCUCCGCUGGGCGGGCGCGGAGGUCCGCGGGCGAGCCGGGGAAGGUGGCGGGGGCUUGUGAGGCGCGAGGCGCCGGACCCAGCGCCGGCCGGGGGCGGGGAUGGCCCGAGCGCGGGGGCUCGGAUUGUCCCUGCCGCUGCUGCUGGGGCAGCUGCUGGCGCUGAUGGGCGGCGGCGGCGCGUUGUACCUUGAGGUCCGCGAGCUGGAGGAGAAGUGCUUCAUCCAGGAGAUCCCCGAUGGCACCGUGGUCAUAGCUUCGUCUUCAUUAGGUAAUUACAAGACCGAGCUAUACGACCCCGCUAUGGAAAAGUACCAGCCCUCCCCGCAGUGGAUUAAUUUGUUCGUGUUUGUCAAGGACCCCGAGAACAAGAACCUUCUGGCUCGUCAGUACGGCCCUCAGGGCAGCUUCACCUUCACCUCCCAGUCUCCUGGAGAGCACCAGAUCUGUCUGCACCUCGAGUCCAUCCGCUUCUCCCUCUUCUAUGAUGGCAAGCUGGCUAUUCACUUGGACAUGAAGUUGGGUGAACACACCAAUGAUUAUGCAGAAUUUGCGGCCAAAGACAAGCUGACCCAGCUGCGUCUGCGUGUACAGCAGCUGGUGGAACAGGUGGAGCAGAUCCAGAAGGAGCAGGAGUACCAGAGGUGGCGAGAGGAGCGCUUCCGGCAGACCAGCGAGAGCACCAACCGGAGGGUGCUGUGGUGGUCCAUUCUGCAGACCCUCAUCCUUGUGGCCACUGGCAUCUGGCAGAUGCAACACCUCAAGAGCUUCUUUAAAGCCAAGAAACUGGUGUAGAUGGGCCCCAGAGACCAGAGGCCUAACCCCCUCACUCCCCUGCUGCUGACUGGUGGGCAGUGGCCUGGCCUGGGCUAUGUCCUGGUUCCCUCCAGCCCUCCCAAUACGUAGGGCUGGCAGCGAGACAGAGGACCUCUCUGAACUGGUUUCUCAGCCACCUCUGGGGAGAGGAUGGGUUUCCAGCUGACACGUAGGUGGGGCAGCUGUAGGCUCCUUUGUGGCUGUGUGAUGUUGAGUAGGAAGGGGGUGAGGGUGUCCACAACCCCCAUGUUAAACAGGAUAGAGAUCCCAGGAUGGAGGAAUAAGGAAUAAGACGAAUAUAAAUUAUGACUGCAGACUUUCUGAUCUAAACAUUUAUUGCCUCCUACUCUACAAUUCAUUCUGUUAUAUGUGUCCAAUCAGAUGUUAACAUUUGAGGCCCUGCGUGCAUUGGUGGUGGGCAGAACCCAAAAUGGAAGGGGUUUAGAGAGCUUGUACCCCAGGAGCUUUAGCAACGUGUAGAGCCCUUUCCAGAAAAGUCCAAUUUGGACCCAUCUUUUUGGUAACCUGAGUGCUGGUGGUGAUCUUGUGCUUCUCUCUUUCUUCCUCUCUCUCUCAUUCUGGGCUCUGGUCAGGCUCAUCUUCUAUCCCAUCCCAGUCACCUGGACUGCUGGUUCUUCCAGGAGGUCAAAUGGUCACCUCUAUCUUCCUGCUAUUUUUCAGUCAACCUGUGUCUCUCUUUAUGAUGUAAUUGAUUAAUUUUUUUCAGAUGCUUGUUUUUGUAGGAUUUCAAGUCACUGUUUCCAUUAGUCAGCAUCUCCCGUAACUCAACCUUCACAUAUAUACACAGGUGUCGAUGGCCAGGCACCCAUAUUUCCCGUGGCUUCUGCCUGAUCUAGCCCAUGUUUUACCAAGCCCCAUGCUGCUUGUCCUGUUGGAAUAUAGUCACCUCUCAUGUGAAUUUGACAUUUUCUGUUAUAAGGAAAUUUACUGGUUGGCACCCUCAACAAAAUCAAGUCCAGAUUAGCAAGGCCAAGGAGGUCAACAAAGGAAACUCCCCAUGAGGAAAGGCAACUGUGACAGCCCUGGCUCUUGACCCCUGAAGUAGAUGCACACUCCCCUGAGAUAUUCUUGAAGGAUGACUGCAGGCCUUGGGGGCACUGCUCACUUGUGGGUCUGGCCAUGCCAUGAUUGGCCUCUGAAAGUACGAGACUUAACUGAAGGCUGGGGAGGGAGGGGGAACCACUGAGAAGAAACUGCCCAGAGAAUGUGACCUUAGGGUCCACUUGCCUCACCUGAAGCUGGGGGGUGGUGUGCUCUGCUUUCUGCUGCAAGGGAAGCAGAGUGACCCAGAUGGGCACAUUCUUCCCCAUGGAACCUGUGGUCUGAUGCCAAAUGAGGCAGGACAUUAAACAAGACGUUAGGGUGAUACAUGUUUCUGAGGAGAAGGGCACAACUAAGGGCAACAUGACGGGAGUCCUGGCCUCGUCUGCAUGAUCAGAGAAGGCUGCUUUUUAGAACUGAGACGCGGGAUAGGCGUUAGCUGAGGGAACAGUGUUCUGGCUAGAGCGAAUAGCACACACAGAAGCCCUAGAAAAAGAAAGAAUAUGGCGAUUUGGGGAAAGAGGAAGAGGGCCACUGUAUCAAAAUCCCUACUCCAGAGAGGCCACCUGUUGCCAGCCACUCACAGUAUGAUUUCCUGUCUAGGACUUGUCUCUUCCCCAGUGAUUAACCCCAGAGUGACCACCAUUUUCAGAAGGACCCUGUCCUCUACUCAUGGGCUAGGACCUUGUCCCUACACUUCAUAGGGAAACAAGUCACAGAAGAGUGACAACGAAGCCAUGGGACAGCUGCACACACACAGCGGAGGGGAAUUCUUAGUGUCAGUCUCCCCAUGCAUUUCCUUAUGAGCCCUCACAGUCACUGGGGAGGAAAUGACACAUGUCCCAUUUUAGAAAAGAGAGCAAACUGGUAAGGGGAGGACCAUUUUAAAUUCUGGCAAAUUCAACUCAAUUCUUGGCAUUCUGUUCUCUGCCACAGCCACUUUUCUAGAAGUAGAGGAAGGACCCCAUACGAAGAGGUAAGGCUCACUGCCUCUGUUUUUAAAGAGCUGGCAGUGUGCAUGAGAAGAGCAGUAGUUUAUUGUGGCUGCCGUAACAAAUUACCACAAACUUGGUAAAUUAAAGGAACAGGAGUUUAUUCUCUCACAGUUGUGGAGGCCCGAAGUAUGAAAUCAAGUGUCAGCAGGGCUACACUCCUUCCGAAGGCUCUAGGAGAGAAUUCCUCCUUCUUCGUCCAGCUUCUGGUAGCUCUAAGCAUCCCUUGGUUUGUGUCUACAUCAUUCCAGUCUCUGCCUCCAUUGUCUCCUCUUGUGUCUCUCUUCUCUUCUGUGUCUUAUAAGAACACUUAUCAUUUGGAUUUAAGACCCACCCAGUAAUCCAGAAUGAUCUCAUCUCCAGGUCCUUAAAUUAGCUAUAUCGGCAAAGACCCUUUUUCCAAAUAUGGUCAUAUUCAUACAGUCUGGGGCUUAGGACAUGAACGUAUCUUUUGGGAGGCUGCCAUUCAACCCACAACUGAGAGUAAGAAGUGUACUCAUGAUACGGUACCAAGUGACUUAACCAAUGGGGUAAUCAGAGCUCUCAGAAUUCAGAAUGGGGUGAGACUCGGAUGGAUGGAUGGACAGACGGAUGGAUGGGAUGGAAAAAGGAUGUCAAAGAAGUCUAUAAAGGAGACAGUACUUGAGUAGAACAUUGAAAGAUAGGACGGUUUGAAUGUGAACAAUGGGGGAAAUGGAGCCUGUAGAGGUGCAAAUGCACAAAGUAUUUCAAUGUAAUCCAACACCCUGAAUUAUAUAACAUGGUGAGAUAGAGGCUUUUUAGAAGAAAGAAAUAGAUUGUAUGUGAAUGGGAUGAAGCCAGGAGAGAGGUUAGAUCAAACAAUGGAUGGAAGUUAAUAUACUUACUACAAUUUGGACAACCAGAAGCAGGCUGCAAUCAGAGGCUGCAGAUUGGUGGCCUAUAGUAUAUUUUGUUUGUUCUGCACAGUAUUUUAAAGUUUUUUAAAAUUAGUUGCCAACAGUAAUAGUGCCACAGUUCUUGUAGUAUACAUUUAAGGAAAUACUGAAUAGGCAAAUGGGUUAGAUGGCGCAGCUUGAUGCUGUUUUGCAACACUUGAUAUAAAUGGGAAAAAAUGACAGUUGUGCAUAUUCAGGAGGCAUGAUGAAGAUUAUGAGGAAGGAGUGAGCCUCUUGCUCUGUAGAACACUGUCUUAGACAAUCACCCAUGGAUGAAAGAGACUUUGUGGAAGUCCAGUUUUCCAGAGGAGAAGUUUCAGCACAUAGUUGGAGGAAAAAAACAAAACAAAAAACCACACAUUUGAACACACCGGAGAAGGGAAGAGGAACAGACCGACUUACCUGCAUCAUCUGUGCUCAAAGGCAGCACAGCUCUGUGCCAAGGAAUCACUUUCUUGGCCAGGGAUUCUCCGGGGGGCAAAG